UUACUUAACAUACUAAGAGAGUUAUUAGAACUUGAAAACAAAUGGCUUCCAAGGCGUUGAUUCUGUUAGGGCUCUUCGCAGUUCUUUUCGUCGUCUCCGAAGUGUCUGCCGCAAGGCAGUCGGGCAUGGUGAAGCCAGAGAGUGAGGAAACUGUGCAACCUGAAGGCUAUGGCCAUGGCCACGGAGGACAUGGUGGCCACGGACAUGGAGGACAGAAAGGAGGAGGGGGCCACGGACUUGACGGAUACGGAGGUGGACAAUACGGAGGAGGAGGCCACGGACACUACGGAGGAGGAGGAGGAGGCCACGGACACUACGGAGGAGGAGGAGGAGGCCACAGACACUACGGAGGUGGAGGACACCACGGAGGAGGAGGCCACGGGCUUAACGACGAACCUGUUCAGACUCAGCCGGGUGUUUAAAACCAUAUCAUAUAUUCACCACCAUGCAUGAUUGCAUCUAUAUAUACACUUAUGUAUUAUGUGUAUGCCUAAAAAUAAACCAUGGUGAGUUUGUAAUGCAGUUCCUUCAGAAAUGUGUGGAAUAAUGUUUGAUAAUAUUAAUAUAAUGUCUCUCAGUUUG